CUUACUUAUAUCCGCGGUCUCCCCUUUGACUUUCCGCCCUUCUCUUCCUCUUUUCCCUUUCCUCUUUCUUUCUCUAUCGCAUUCACUUGUGUCCGUUUCCGUCACUUCCCCGCCACCCCGCCGUGAUUUUAUUUACUCUCUAUUCUUAUCUCUCGUGACGUUUCCUAUCUUAUCCUUCUCGGAGUCUCGUCCUUUCUCUGUGUGCCUGUGGUCUCGUGCCCACCCUACCCAUCAUGGCCACUAAGAAACCCAACAUCCUCUACAUCAUGGCGGACCAGAUGGCUGCUCCCCUUCUGGCCUUCCAUGACAAAAACUCCAAGAUCAAGACCCCCAACCUCGACCGUCUGGCUGAGGAGGGUGUCGUCUUUGACUCUGCCUACUGUAACUCGCCGCUGUGUGCGCCGUCGCGUUUUGUUAUGGUGACGGGCCAAUUGCCCUCCAAGAUCGGUGCUUAUGACAAUGCGUCUGAUCUAUCCGCCGACACCCCGACCUAUGCGCACUACCUGCGUCGCGAGGGCUACCACACGGCACUGGCUGGCAAGAUGCACUUCUGUGGCCCGGACCAGCUGCAUGGUUAUGAGGAGCGCUUGACCAGUGAUAUCUAUCCCGGUGACUACGGUUGGUCGGUGAACUGGGACGAGCCGGAAAUUCGCCCUGACUGGUAUCAUAACAUGUCCUCUGUUAUGGAGGCAGGUCCCGUCGUGCGCACCAACCAACUGGAUUUCGACGAGGAGGUCAUCUACAAGUCCACCCAGUACCUGUAUGACCAUGUGCGCCAGCGCAACGACCAGCCCUUUUGCUUGACGGUGUCCAUGACCCAUCCGCACGACCCUUAUGCCAUGACGAAGGAGUUCUGGGAUCUGUACGAGGAUGUGGAUAUCCCCCUGCCCAAGAACCCCGCGAUUCCCCACGAUCAGCAGGAUCCCCACUCGCAGCGGGUUCUCAAGUGUAUCGACUUGCUAGGCAAGGAGAUGCCCGACGAACGCAUCAAGGCUGCUCGACGUGCCUAUUAUGCAGCCUGCACCUAUGUUGACACUAAUGUGGGCAAGCUACUCAAGGUCCUGGACAACUGUGGCCUGCGUGACGAUACUAUCGUGGUGUUCACUGGUGAUCACGGCGACAUGCUUGGCGAACGUGGACUGUGGUACAAGAUGGUCUGGUACGAGAACUCCUCUCGGGUUCCCAUGAUUGUGCAUGCGCCUAAGCGCUUUGCCUCGAAGCGAGUCCCUCAGAAUGUGUCGACCAUGGAUCUUCUGCCGACCUUUGUCGAUAUGGUGGGCGCUCAAUUGGUUUCGGAACUGCCGCUGGACGGUGUCUCCCUGUACCCGUACCUGACCGGCCAGGACGGUCUCAAGACCGACACCGUGCUGGGUGAAUAUAUGGCCGAGGGCACGCAGUCUCCCGUAGUGAUGAUCCGUCGCGGCCGAUGGAAGUUCGUCCACUCGCUGAUCGACCCCCCGAUGCUGUUCGAUCUGGAGACCGACCCCGAGGAGAAGGUCAACCUGGCGGCCGGCCUCGUGGUGGAUAACCCGUCGCGCAACCCCUCGUCCCUUGCCAAGUCGGCGGCGGCACCGCUGCAGCCCGCCGCCUUGCCUACUCCCGCGGACACGCCCCGCGCCUCGCCUCGAGUUCAACCGACUUCUUAUCCGUUCCCCUCUCCGCGCACCCCCAGUCCCGGCCAGAACUUGCUGGCACUGCCGGCCACCACCGAGCCGGCAAAGAUCCUGGCGUACUUUUUGGAGGAAGCGCAGACCCGCUGGGACAUGGAGCGCAUUCGCGACGACGUUCUCCGCUCGCAGCGCCGGCGGCGCCUGGUGUACUCGGCGCUGCUCCGGGGCAACCCCCAGAUCUGGGACUACGAACCGCGAGUGGAUCCCAGCACGCAGUACGUGCGGAACCAGGGCAAGGGGGCCUUGGACGAUGUGGAGUUGAUCUCGCGUUGGCCUCGCGUGUUGCAGCAGGCGGCGACGGCGGUGGGGGCUGACGUUUAGGUUGGUCUUAGCCAAGAGACGUUUUCGGCAAAUAUUCACGAUGGUCCACAAGACGACUCGAGAAAAAAAAAAAAAAAAAAAA